GGCAUCUCUCUGAUAUUUACCAGUGCAGACUCGUAAGGCGCAGCGCUGGUUGCGUCGUAGUUCAGCGCAUGGCAAAGGGGACCAGGAAUGGUUGGGGAAGACGAUUUGUUCACUCCGUUUGCUCAGAGAAUAGAAAAUGAAAACUGAAGGACUCCCGAGGCGGUGCGAUGGUUUGACAUUUUAGAGGAGGAAGAACCUUUUUUCAACGUGGGCGCGUGCAGACGGAUGGGAUUUAGAGAUGCCAACCAAGAAGCCAGGGGCACUAGAGGAGGGUGGGUUGUUAAAAUAUGAAUGGUCCGUCCUUCUUUCAUAAAUUUUUAGUCCAAACGAUACAUAAUUUAAAUUGUCUAGCCAUAUCUCUACCUAUCAAAGGUACUCGAAGCUUUUGUUGGCACAUGGAUGGAUGGCUUUAGCACGAAGGUAAACAAAGAGAGUCAAUGUAACUUUGUAUAGGUCACGUGUGAUCGCAACAUCAUAUCAAGUCACUCAUAUCGACUUUAAGACGAGGACUUUGACGUGCGCUCUCGUGGAACUCCAGGUGCGCUCCAUGUUCUGUUCAGGACACACCGGUACCGGCGGGACCUAAAGCACAGCCGGGACUUGAUAGCAGCGUCGGGGCUGUGUGGCCAGUGAUGCCGGACACAUUCACUCUCAUACAGAACCGGACAGAGCCACGGCUGGGGCAGCUCGAGCACACACUGGCCACAGACGGGAGCAGCCGCCCCGCCUGGGUCAUAGGAAUCCUGGCCAGUGUGCUGAUCUUCACCACGGUGGUGGACGUGCUGGGGAACCUGCUGGUGAUCAUCUCGGUGUUCAGGAACCGUAAACUGAGGAACUCUGGAAAUGUGUUUGUGGUGAGUUUGGCGUUCGCUGACCUUGUGGUAGCCUUUUACCCCUACCCUUUGGUUCUCUAUGCUCUCUUUCAUGAUGGAUGGGCACUGGGAAACACACAAUGCAUGGUCAGUGGUUUCCUCAUGGGGCUGAGCGUCAUCGGCUCCAUUUUCAACAUCACUGGAAUUGCAGUGAACAGAUACUGCUACAUCUGUCACUCAUUCUCCUACAGUCGGCUGUACAGCUAUCGUAACACUCUGCUGUUUGUUGCCUUAAUAUGGGUGCUCACAAUAGUGGCAAUUAUCCCCAAUUUCUUCGUCGGAUCCCUGCGCUACGACCCGCGGGUCUACUCCUGUACCUUUGCCCAGAAUGUCAGCAGUUCGUACACGGUGGCUGUAGUGGUGGUCCACUUCCUAGUUCCUAUUGCCGUGGUUACCUUCUGUUAUCUACGCAUCUGGGUGCUUGUGAUUCAGGUGCGACGUAAGGUAAAGACAGAAGAGAGCCCUCGCCUCAGACCGAGUGACCUGCGUAAUUUCAUUACCAUGUUUGUUGUCUUCGUGUUGUUCGCCAUCUGCUGGGCUCCACUAAACCUGAUCGGCUUGGCGGUGGCCAUAGAUCCAACACGUGUAGCUCCCCUCAUCCCCGAGUGGCUUUUUGUUGUCAGCUACUUCAUGGCCUACUUCAAUAGCUGUCUGAACGCCAUCAUCUAUGGCCUUCUCAACAGGAAUUUUAGGAACGAGUACAAACGCAUCGUCACCUCCGUCUGGGUGACGCGGCUCUUUGUGACAGAGACUUCGCGAGCCGCUACAGACGGCAGGAGCAUGAAGAGCAAGCAAUCACCACCCCCGCCGCUCAACAACAACGAGUCACUGAGAGAUCGCAUCAACAAAGAACAAAAUCUAGACUCCUAAGUCUGUGAAAUGGUUAUUACUGUUUUUAUGAGACAUUCAGACAAGUGGGCAGCUAAAGGAGUAUCAAGCAAAAGAGAUAAAACUGUAACACAUGGCUGGGUUUUCUAAUGGAUGACAUGGUGCGAAUUGUUAACAUCGAAGAACUUUUUUUAAUAUAAUGGAAAACUGUUUAAAGUUAUGUAAUAAAUACCUAUGAGUUGCAAGUUUAUUGUUUUUUGCUAAAGUGCUUUGCUUAAGUGUUUAAUAAGGAGUUUCCUCUGUGUUGUAAGCAUUAACAGAGCCAACGUUUUAGCGAUGCUGUGUCCUCAGGAGCCAUGCAUUGCAGUUUUAUUUUGCUCUUACGCUAUAAACAACCUGAAUGGUACAUUCUUAAUUCAAGGGGUGAAAAAUGCUUUUGUAGACUCCCAGACAUAUCUCACAACACAAGGUAACCACUGUUAAACACUCACCUCUCUUUAGUAACUAUGUAAGCCUCAAAAAGUUAAACCUGCCUCGACUCGACUGAAGAAGAGAAAAGGUAGAAAAGGAGAUAAGGUCGAUCUGUCUGUUGUGUAAAAUACCAGUCUGAUGAGAUUUUACAAGACGGUGAUGUAAGAUGGUCUGAACUGACAUGUUUACGGAGUGGCAGGAUUAGCCACCAGGUCUGACACUCUUGCACUGCAAACAAAAACUUAGUAAUGAACUUAGUAUCUUUA